AUAUAUAUAUCUUAACAACAUGUUGACUACUUUAACUCACCUUUAGACAAACUUUUUCCGACAGGAAACUGAAGUUUGUAAACCUCUCGUUCUCCUGCACCAAACCCCAGAGAGAAAGUCAGGGAUUGUAGCUCACAGGUCACAGGAGUUGUUGAUCCACUGCUGCCUCCAUCGCACACGAGCGGACCUCGGUGACGCACUACUGUGGCUUCACGCGCUGACGUCACUUCCUGUCAGGGACAGCGUGAGAGCCGCGGUUUGUCAGUCUCCUCUGAGCUUCUGUGGAGGAGCAACGUUCCGCUGCUGCUGGAGACACCGGAGACACCGACGACACCGGAGACACUGGAGACACGGAGCCGUGGGUCACAACUUCACCAACGGGAGGAAACAGAACCUGGUUCCGGAUAAAAACUCUGGAUUUUCUGUCGUUUGGAACUAAAAGCGUCACCGGAGCUGAUGUUAGGAAACUCCUGAGGACUCGGAGUCAGCACCGGAGGAUAAAAACAACUUUUAUCUCUUUUUAUUCUAUUUUAUUUUCUUGUGUUUUGUCUUUUUUUGUUUGUUUUUUUUUGCUGUGGAAUAAAUUCCGCGGCUCCGGCUCUCGCUGCUUUCAGCGGCCGCGGUUGUGGUUCUCUCCGCCCGCAGCGCAGAGCAGGUGGUGACGGUGAGAGACACCGGAGACUGUGAGGUCACCUGACCUGACCACACACACACACACACACACACAGAGGCUCAGGCUCCAGGUUUGACGCAUUUUUACGCACGAAGUUUCUCAGAAUAUAACGAGGUUUUUGUUUUUUUAAGUCUGAAUCAUGUUCGUUAAUGAGUUAAGAUAAAGUGGAAUGAUUAAUGAUUUGGAUCAAACGGUGAAGUUUCAGAGGAAGUUUACGGAUCGUCGGUGAAGCUCAGAGCCGCAGAGCGCGUCCUCCUCCCGCCGCCGCCGCCAUGCGCAGCGCCGCCGGACUGAGCCCGCUCCUCGCGCUCCUCCUCCUCCUCCAGCCCGCAGCGGCUGCCUCAGCUGCCCUUUAACACGCACCGCCCGCCGCCACUGCGCCACCAUGAGCAGCACCGACCUGGAGCGCGUGUCGCUCAGCUCCUCCGCCAACUCCGUGGCCUCGUCCAGCGCGCGCACGCUGUCGGCCAACGUGCGCAAGCUGCACAACGCGCUCAACCUGCUGCUCAACGACUUCGAGCGCGAGCAGUUCAUCCACUGUCUCAACGUCUACCACUCCAAGCGCAACGUCUACGACCUCGUGCAGACGCUCCACGUCAUCCUGAACGCGCCCAGCAAGCGGCAGCUGCUGCCGAUGCUGCGGCUCGUCAUCCCGCGCUCGGACCAGCUGCUCUUCGAGCAGUACACGUCGGAGGGACUCUACCUCAAGUCGGAUUUAGUCGCGACGAGCAACGGCAGCGCGGAGCCCGCGGCGGGACUCGACUUCCCCCGCAGCGCGAGCCCGACUCCCCCCGCCGCGCACCUGUCGCCCUCCGGAGCCGCGCCGGAGCUGCAGGUGGCGCUGCGCGGCUCCCCGGACAGUUUCAGCACCAGCAGCGACGGGACAGCUCCGCUGGUGCCGCUGCUCGGCAGGAACUUCAUCCACGAGCCACCGGGGGCGCUGCGCCAGGUCAACAUGAAGCGGCACAAGAGCAACGAGGGCCUGGGCUUCAGCAUCCGCGGGGGCUCGGAGCACGGCGUGGGCAUCUACGUGUCCCUGGUGGAGCCCGGGAGUCUGGCGGAGAAGGAGGGGCUGCGCAUCGGAGACCAGAUCAUGAAAGUCAACGACAAAGUGUUUGAUAAAGUCACGCACGCGGAGGCUGUCAAGGUGCUGAAGGGCAGUAAAAAGCUCUGCCUCUCCGUGCGCUCGGUCGGGCGGAUUCCCGGCGGAUAUGUCACCAACCAUGUUUACACAUGGGUGGACCCUCAGGGUCGCAGUGUGUCGCCACCUCCUGACCUGCCGGAGCAGCGCAGCGCCACGCUGAAGAGGAGCGACAGCCAGCGACGCAGCAACAUGCAGCUCCUGCAGGAGGGAGACGAGAAGAAGGUCAACCUGGUCCUGGACGACGGCCGCUCUCUCGGGCUGAUGAUCCGGGGCGGAGCGGAGUACGCUUUGGGGAUUUACAUCACUGGAGUGGACCAGGGGUCGGCGGCAGAGUGUGGUGGACUCAAGGUGGGCGACCAGAUCCUGGAGGUGAACGGCUGCAGCUUCCUGAGCGUGCCGCACGACGACGCCGUCCGCGUGCUGAAGUCGUCGCGGCACCUGAUGAUGACGGUGAAGGACGUGGGGCGGGUGCCGCACGCCAGGACGGUGGUCGGCGAGACCAAGUGGAUCGCCAGCUCGCAGAUCGCCGAGAGCUCGGCCAACAGCAGCGUGGAGGGCUUCCCAGAAGAACAAGGAGCAUCUGCAGCAGGAAAGCCGGGCUUUUAUAAAGGCGUCGCGGGCUCACAGGUGACUCUGUCCAGCCUGGUGAACCAGUCGCGGGCCAUGCUGGAGGAGAAGGCACGCCACCUGCUGACGGAGGCCGAGCGGCAGACCAUGGGCUACUACGUGGAGGAAUACCGGGACGGACACAUCGGGGCGGAGCAGCUGGUCAUGGCGCUGUUCGAGCUGCUCAACACGCACGCUAAAUUCUCUCUGCUGUCCGAGGUCCGAGGCCUGGUCACCCCGCAGGACCUGGAGUGUUUUGACGGGAUGGUGCUGCGGCGUGAGAUUCAGGCCCUGAAGGCUCGUCAGGGCAAAGCCGGAGCCGCCGCCAUGCAGCCGGACUCCCUGUCCAUGGUGUCCUACCCUGACACCCUGACCUCGUCUUCAGCCAGCUUCAUGACCAACACCACCCUCAGCUCUGCACGGGAGAGACUGCUCUGGCUGAUAGAUAUGAUGGAGAACGACAGCGUGGUGGAGAGUAAUGGAGAGGAUCCUCCGGAGAGUCUGAACACGCUGCUGACUGACAUCUCUCUGGAUGAUGUACAGUCCGCCGCCACCGCCGAGCCCCCUCCCUCCUUCAAGCCCCCGCCCCCUCCCGGGGUGCAGAGGCGCCAAAGUAGACAAGAGCUGCGCAACAAAAGCGAAUCCUCCCACUCAGGCUUGUACUUCACGGCCCCGCCUUCCCACGGCCACAGCAGAGAGGCGCCGCGCGCCGCAGCCCCGCCCUCACCUGCACCCGCACAACACCACAAACGACAACACCCCAGGGACCCGGCGGCGUCUCAGGACUACGCGGCCGUCAGAAAGAGAGAUCUUUCCGCGCCGUCCAAGAAAGAGCAAAUUAAAGCCGCGCAGUUGUCCAAGGUCGCCGCGCACAACAUCGGCCCGUUUCCCAGAGUCCAGUCCCCCAGCAGAGGCCCCAAACCCGCCGCCCCGUCCCCGUCACCACCGCCGCCACCUGCACUCCCGGCUCCCCAGCCUCCCCCGUCUCUGCCCCUAAAGUCAGCGUCCCUGUCCAAAGCCUCCCCCGCGUCUAAAGCACAGUUUGUCACAGUGGAGGUUCACAGGCCGAACGCAGAGCCCGACGUCAACGAGGUGCGGCCGCUGCCACAGGCCCGAGGUGGCGCCCUGUCUCAGCUGUCAGACAGCGGCCCGACCCUCAGUGAGGACAGUGGCGUGGACAUUGCUGAGUCAGCACACGUCAGCAAAGACAGCAGCCCCCAUUCCUCACGCACUCGCCUCCCCCCGCGAGACACCCAGGGAGGCGGGGGGGACAAGCCCUCCAAACCGCCGGGUUUGUUGGAGCCCACCUCUGCACUAGUGCGGGUGGCAAAGAGCGCCACCACCCUGGGUAUCGCCAUUGAAGGAGGAGCCAACACUCGCCAGCCGCUGCCAAGAAUUGUCACAAUACAGAGAGGCGGCUCGGCUCAUAACUGCGGCCAGCUGAAGGUGGGUCAGGUGAUCCUGGAGGUGAACGGGGUUUCCCUGAGGGGCCGCGAGCACAGGGAGGCGGCGCGUAUCAUCGCUGAGGCCUUCAAGACCAAAGAGAGGGACCAUGUGGACUUCCUGGUGACCGAGUUCAACGUGGCACUAUAGCUGAGCGGAGGACGACGAGAGCGGGACACGGAGGACAAGUGUGGAUUUAAACGGCACAACUCUUUUUAAAACUGGAAAAAAAACGCCGCCUCCUCCUCUUCACUGAGACUCUUUCUCUUUACACUUAAUCUUCCUGAAUCUGGACACACGGUUCCACUACAUUUGACAGGUUUUUAUCUCCACUGUGAACUUUGUUCAGGAUUCUCCUCAACGCGUUACCUCCCCACUGUGAGACCUCAUGCACUACGACGGGAAAUAAAGACCUUCUGUGCGUCUUUCUUUGUCCUCGGUGUUAAAAACUCGUGGAUUUCAACUUGCAGCGAAAACCACUGGACCUUCCUGUAGCAGUCCUUCGUCCCGAGCUCCGAUCUUUUUUUAAUUUAUUUAUUGAUUUAUGGCUUUAACUGGGAGACGACUGCACACCUGAGACACCUGAGACUGAUUCAUGCCUGGGUUUGUAUAUGUACAAAAAUGAACAAAUGUAGAUACAGAUGCAAAUAUAUAUAUAUAAUGUACACAUAAAGAUACUCCUAUAUGAAUUAUAAAACCUGUAUCCUCUGUUGCAUCAACAAAUAGCGGUUAUAAAUAUUUAUAUAUUUCAAGGACGAUGAUAAAUCAGGCACUUCUGGGAAAAUAUGUGUUUUUUCUACAUCAUUAGUUACGCCCCCUUUUUUUUCUGACACAUAUUCACCUGUUUUCUCUCCUGGGUAUGACACACAAUUGAGAUCACUUUUAAAGACUGGACACAUGGUUUUAGUAAUAAGUUCAUUCAAAUACCAUUGGUGCAAAAUCGCCAAAAAUUGUUGUUCAGCCCACGAUGGCGGCCUUCCUGUAGGACUUACGACAAAGUCCUCAUUGACUAUUUGGACCGUCCUGACACGAUUAACACAUGUACCAACUUUCAUUCAUGUACGUCAAAUUUCUUUUUUUCAUUUUUCGUGAGCCCUCCCACUUCCAAAUGUCCACGCCUUUUCACCGAACGACUUUCACACGUAAAUUUCCAUGAGGAUGGAUACGGGUGCAAAAAUCCUGUUAGUUAGUCUUGGAGGCUGGAGACAGUUACUGACCCCUACUGGUAUAAUUAAAUACUGUCCUUGAGUCCAAGUCAAGUCCGGAGCCCUUUGAGGUCGAGUCUGAAGUUACUAUUGUGUGACUCAAGUACGACAACUAGAGUCACCAUCAUCUCCGCCAUGUUGAAUGUUUACAAAAGCUAUGCGACGUUGCUUCUAAACACAUUGGUUCCUCUUUUCUUUUUCUUUUUUUUUUGGAGAUUCUGGCGUUGGCUAAAGCGGCUAACAUCCUCGCCGGACGGCAACAUCACAUCAAACUGGGCUAUGUUCGCCCAGGUUAGCACCACUUCACUUUAUGUCCUCUAAAGUGUUUGUUUUUGACAGUAGUGUUUCACCAAACACAAUCAAAGCUGUUUAUUGGCGAAAACAAGCUCUUUCAGUGGCCAUAAUGUGUGAAAAUGAUGUGAGUCAUGCUCCUAAAAACCACUGAAUCCUGGCAUCGGCAUCUUGGAAUAUGCCAGAAAACCUCCAGUAGAUUAAUGUUGUCAGCUGAACCUCAACCUGACCAACCAACUCAUCUAAAUACUAACGUGAUAUGUUUGUUUCCUUUGGCCGGGUUAGUGUGUAUAUUUUCACAUGUGUCCAGUUUAUGUGGCGUUAACUCUCACAGGGGUUAGAAAAAAAGAAGAAAAAAAAACCUCAGUUGAGUCCGUUUUGGUUCUCUCCU